AUGGCAGAGCUCUCACGGGAAGACUUUGAGUACGCUUUACGAAGUAUUCAAAUAGCCAACUAUGUAUUCGUCUCAACAGUCUGCCUCUGGGUCUUUUUCCUCCACAAGGCAAAGAGGGGCAAGCUGAAGCUCUUGUACGUCAUCGUCCUUGGUUCAACGCUGUGCGUGAUUGCAAUAGACGGAUAUGUGAAUCUCAAAAAUAGCUCACCUCAGGUUUGUAAUACGAUUUCGAUGCCAGAAUCAGCUAUUUCUGCAUUGUUGGUUGUCUGCACGCAAAGAUUUAUGGUCGGAUGUUUCCCCGAAAAGCAAGGGAACUAUAUCGUAAUCAUCUUUGGCCUCUUACUUAUCCUAGACCUAGGUUUAGUGACUGUGAACAUUGUAAUGAUGCUUUCGCUCAAGUACGGAUACAGCGGAUUGCUUGGCGAGUGA